AUGUCUUGGGCAGCACCUCCGCCUGGCGUCCAAGUAACGCCUUACGCCUAUCCUACUACUCUCAAUGCCGCAUAUACUGCUGUUCCAGUUCGUCAAGGCUUUGGUCAAGCAUACCAAGCUCCAUCUCAGUAUAACUAUUCCGCUCCUGCUAAUCCUCAAUCAACAACCACUAUGGCUGCUUCAUCGAAUCAGCAAUCCCAGCAGCAGAAGUUUGACUGGCCAGAUUCAGUGCGCAGCUAUGUGCAAAGGUCCUUCCAAUCAUCAAAUCUAGAUCCUAGCGUAACCCGUGCCGAGAUGGAAACCAAGUUGAAGGAUACUAUCAGGUACACUCAGGAUUGUGGAACCAUGUACACUACGGAUUGGGACAACAUGCCUUUACCGCAAACGUUGAUCAAGAAUGAACGCCAACAAGCGUUGAUGCAGUCUAUGGCACCACCCAUGGUGACAGAGACAACUCCUACCUCUGUUAUCGCUCCUAUUAACCCAAAGAAGAGGAAGUCUACGGAUCUUAGCGGACCCGAACAGACCAACACCGCUUCAGUACCGUGGCGUAGCACCAGAGCGCUUUCCCUCGAAGAUCGAAUUACCAAACCGUCGAUGGAAGGUCCGUUACCGGCCAAAAGUAAGUUCCAGAAGAAUGUCGAGAAGCGACAGCGCCGCGGUGAUGGUGGAUACCAGUCUACCUACCGAUCUCCUAGCCCGCCGCCCCUUACCGGACCUAUCGUCGGACUCAACGAAUCCUUGGAGAAGAGAUAUCUGCGUUUAACUGCUGCACCGAAAGCAGCCGACGUCCGACCUGAACGUAUUUUGCAUCAGACGCUAGACUUACUUAAGAAGAAGUGGCGGAAAGACGGCAACUAUAACUACAUUUGUGACCAGUUUAAAUCGCUACGCCAGGAUCUGACAGUACAACGCAUUAGGAAUGACUUCACUGUUUCUGUUUAUGAAAUCCAUGCCAGGAUUGCCUUGGAGAAGGGGGAUCUCGGUGAGUAUAAUCAGUGCCAGACUCAGCUACGUGCUCUUUAUAAGUCGGGUCUGAAGGGCAAUUCUAUCGAGUUCAAGGCGUAUCGUAUUUUGUAUUUCAUCCAUACCGCAAACCGGUCGGCGUUGAAUGACGCCAUCGCAGAUCUAACUACAGCAGAGAAAGAAGAGCGACCGAUUAAGCAUGCUCUGGACGUACGUUCAGCCCUUGCUUUAGGCAACUACCAUAGGUUUUUCCAGCUAUAUCUUGACGUUCCCAACAUGGGAGCAUAUCUCAUGGAUAUGUUUGUCAAACGUGAACGACUUGCUGCACUUGCAAACAUGUGCAAGGCAUUUAAGCCCGAUCUGAAGCUUCGUUACAUCACUGAGGAGUUAGCCUUCGAGUCUGAUGCUGAAGCUGCACAGUUCAUUAUCGACUGCAAUGGCCAAGAUCUGCUUCAAGAACGACAAGACUAUAUUGCCUUUCUAACCGGAAAGGCUGGAAUGUUAUUCGAGACAGCCAGAACUGAGGCAUUCCGUAGAGUCGACCUUAAGGGCCAGAUUUGA